AUGGAUGGGAAAGAAAAACGAAAGGAAAAAAAAAAGAGCAAAAAGUUUUACUCCAAAGAGGCGGUAAAAGCAUUUGCAUGGGCAGCCCCCAAAUUAGAAUUUUGCUUCAGUGGUAGAACUAGUAAAGAUGACAAGGAAACAGAUCAAAGGACCAGUGAUAACAACGACAGAAUGAUGUGUAAUGCACCCCAGAGAACGUCAAAAAAAUACAAAUCAAUCACUAGUUAUAGCAAAAGUACUUUUAAAUGUAACUCUAAAUAUUCGUUACAAUUUGAAAAAAAUAGAAAUGUAAUGAGUGGAAUUAAAUUAGAAAAAAUAAAUUUAAAAAAUGAAAAAAAGGACCAAUAUGAAGGUGACCAUGAAUAUGAUGAACACCACAAGUCCGCAAUUGCACAACAUCAACCGCUUAGCACGUACCAGAAACUCAGCAGUAAAAGCAAAGAAGGCAUACUCCACUCAGUGAGUAACAACUGUAACAAUCUUUUUGAAGAGAAAAUAUUUGUUAGUGGUUAUAUAUUUGCAUCUGACAUAUUAAAUAUUCAAGAAAAGAAAAUCACACAUAUUAUUAAUGCUGCAGGGUUUGAGUGCACCAAUAAAUUUGAAGGUAUGUUUACAUAUAGGACAUAUUAUUUAAAAGAUGAUAUACAUGAUGAUAUUUUUUACAUACUACUUGAUUCCUUUUAUUAUAUUAAAAAAAUUCUAAAAAAAAAUAAAAAUCAUAAAAUAUUAAUACAAUGUAAUAAAGGCAUUUCAAGGUCUAUCAUUAUUUUUACUUUUUUCCUUAUGAAUGAACUGAACAUAAAUUAUUUCGAUGCAUUUGAUAUUGUUAAGAAAGGUAGGGAACUGUCCAAUCCUAAUAUGAAUUAUAUUACUCAGUUGCUAAAUAUGUUUACCAUGAAAAGUGCUAUUCAAAAUAUGGCUACUACUAUCACAGAAAGCAGAAACCAAAACGUUCCUUAUAACGAUGAAGGGGUGGGCGAUGAAAUAUAUAAAGAAGCAGUUGAUAACGAUCAUCAUGAUUACACAGCCAUACAUAUGGGCAUUAACACGGAUAGUAACCCACACAUGAAUAGGGGCGAAGGUAGUAACCCACACAUGAAUAGGGGCGAAGGUAGUAACCCACACAUGAAUAGGGGCGAAGGUAGUAACCCACACAUGAAUAGGGGCGAAGGUAGUAACCCACACAUGAAUAGGGGCGUAGGUAGUAACCCACACAUGAACAGGGGCGUAGGUAGUAACCCACACAUGAACAGGGGCGUAGGUAGUAACCCCCAUUUAGACAGUAACAAUGAGAGAAAUAUCAUUCCUCCUUCAAGUAGUGUGAGCCCAAAUGUUAAUAUGGAAAAUGAGAUAAAGAAUUUAGACCAUACAAAUGGGGAAAAAUGCAAUAAAUUUAUUAUCCUUUUUAGAAUAGAUAGUGUUGAAAACAUCCUUACGCUUACAAACUUAUAUAACCCAACUAGUAAUAAUACCCACAUCAACGAUUAUGUUACACUAAUCGAUAGAAGAUUUAACUACAUAUUAACUAUUAAUUUUAACGAUUAUUAUUUGCUUUUAUUUGAUAACACGUUUGAAGAAAUAUACAUUACCUUGUUUAACCAUUUCAUUUGUGUUGCUCAUAAUUUUUUUGGUACUAUUAGCACUACCGAUAUGACAACUGGAAAUGGAAUAAAUAAGAGUAUCGUCAGGUCAGACUUCAGUAUCCUCAUCAACAAAUUUAAAAUGAACGCCAAACUUUUCAACCGCUUGUCGAUCUAUGACCAGCUCUACUGCAACGUGCAGAGCUUUCUUAAAAAAAAAAAAUUUUUAAAAUUAGAAUGA